AAACCGCAAAGGGUUUGGUCAAACUCCACAUGCAACAAUCUAAAUGUCCAACGCCAAGCGCAUCUUCUCUCCGAGAUGAACGCUGGGGAUCCUAUAAUGAGUAACGAGAAAGAUGGCAUAUGCUGUCAGUUGCCAUUGCGGUGGACCAUUCAAAGUGCGGAGCAAGAAACGUUUGACCACUUGCAUGAAUGGGUGUAAGGUAGUCAAUAUAAACUUGAUCCCCAAGGAAUGGGAACCUUCUCCCAUCGUCGCAUCAUAUUCUUCAAAGCCAAGAGGCAUGGAGCAUGUGUAUAUAUUUGAUAGCCCACUGCCCUAGUGGGGAAGGCAAAGACCUGUGUGGUCUGGGAAGAGACGCAGAGCGAGAGAGAGAGAGUUCUCUAUCUCGUUGCAGGGGAGAAGGGGAGUACUGCCCACAGAUUACUAUUCCAGUUAAGACCGGGCUACAAACGAUAGACAUGGGUGUUGUAGGCGAAAAGGAUUUUGGUACUGUUGCAGAUGCUGAGAGGACUCAAGAACAGGGAUCAUGUAGCAAUUCUGCGUCGGACAAGCCGACAGCGAGUUCUACGGAGAAUCAAGAUGUGGAGGCCAGGGGGAACAACAAGGAUCAAGAUAAGACCAAGUACUCUGUGCCGUUCUACAAGCUGUUCUCUUUUGCAGACUCCACAGAUGUAGUUUUGAUGGUCCUGGGAUCGCUGGGUGCCAUGGGAAACGGGCUUGCCCUACCUAUUAUGACAAUUCUAUUUGGGAAUCUGAUCCAGUCCUUUGGAGGAGCUUCGAAUUUAGAUGAUGUGAUCGAUGAAGUUUCCAAGGUAUCACUGAAAUUUGUCUACCUCGCAAUUGGAGCAGGCGUCGCAUCUUUCCUCCAGGUGGCUUGCUGGAUGGCUACCGGGGAAAGACAAUCUGCAAGAAUAAGGAACUUGUACCUGAAAACCAUACUAAGGCAAGAAAUUGCGUUCUUUGACAAGGAAACAAAUACAGGUGAAGUGGUCGAGAGGAUGUCUGGCGAUACUGUUUAUAUACAGGAUGCCAUGGGUGAGAAGGUGGGCAAAUUCAUUCAGUUGACAUCGACAUUCUUCGGAGGGUUCAUAAUUGCAUUUGCUCAAGGGUGGCUUCUCACUCUUGUCAUGCUGUGCACUAUCCCCCCAUUGGUAAUUGCAGGAGGCGCCAUGGCUAACAUCGUGACCAAGAUGGCAUCACGGGGACAAGCAGCUUAUGGAGAUGCAGCAAACGUGGUUGAGCAGACGAUUGGUUCGAUUAGGACAGUUGCUUCUUUCACUGGAGAAAGACAAGCAGUAAAGAAGUAUGAUAAGUCUUUGGUAAGAGCAUACAAUGCAAGUGUUCAAGAGGGUUUGGUAGCUGGAUUAGGCCUUGGAACUGUCAUGCUUUUCAUGUUUGCUGGGUAUUCCUUGGGAAUAUGGUAUGGAGCAAAAUUGAUACUGCAAAAGAGUUACACUGGCGGCAAGGUCAUCAAUGUGAUAUUCGCGAUCCUCACUGGCUCCUUCUCAUUAGGCCAGAUAGCACCUUGCAUGACAGCAUUUGCAGCAGGACAAUCUGCUGCUUAUAAGAUGUUUGAGACGAUCAAGCGAAAGCCAGAAAUUGAUGCUUAUGAUGCCAAAGGAAAGAUACUUGAUGAUAUUCACGGGGAUAUUGAAUUUAGAGAUGUUUGUUUUAGUUAUCCAGCCAGACCAGAUGAACAGAUCUUUCGUGGGUUUUCUCUAUUCAUCCAGAAAGGAACAACUGUUGCAUUGGUUGGUGAGAGUGGAAGUGGAAAGUCAACUGUUAUUAGUUUGAUUGAAAGGUUUUACGAUCCAAAUGCUGGUGAAGUCCUCAUAGAUGGAAUAAACCUCAAGGAGUUUCAACUCAAAUGGAUUAGAGGAAAAAUUGGGCUUGUGAGUCAGGAGCCGGUCCUAUUUGCUUCAAGCAUUAGAGACAAUAUAGCGUAUGGCAAGGAUAAUGCAACUGUUGAAGAAAUCAGAGCUGCAACAGAACUGGCUAAUGCUGCCAAAUUCAUAGAUAAAUUGCCCCAGGGUCUUGACACCAUGGUUGGAGAACAUGGAACUCAGCUAUCAGGGGGUCAAAAGCAAAGAGUUGCCAUUGCUAGAGCAAUUCUGAAAGAUCCUCGUAUUUUACUUCUAGAUGAAGCUACAAGUGCGCUUGAUGCUGAGUCAGAAAGGAUAGUACAGGAAGCACUUGAUAGAGUCAUGGCAAACCGUACUACUGUCAUUGUUGCUCAUCGAUUGAGCACCAUUAGAAAUGCUGAUACAAUCGCUGUUAUACAUCGAGGAUCAAUGAUCGAAAAAGGUUCACAUACAGAGCUCUUAAAGAAUCCAGAUGGAGCUUAUAGCCAGCUCAUUCGCCUGCAAGAAGUGAACCGAGAUGCAGAUAAUGUAAAUAGACAUGAUUCAGAAAAAUCUGAUGUUUGGAUUGGUUCAGCAAGGUCCUCAAGCAAAAAAAUGUCUUUCCAUCGCUCAAUUAGCCAAGGAUCAUCAGGCAGGCAAAGCAGUAGCCAUUCGUUCCAAGCUGCAGUUGGUUUGCCUGUAGGAAUUGAUGUUCAAGAUAUUACAUCUGAGAAAAUGGAUCCUGAAAUUCCUAAUGAACGGUCAAAUGAAGUACCUCUCCGCCGACUUGCAUAUCUUAAUAGACCAGAGAUCCCAGUCUUGGUGCUUGGCUCUUUUGCUGCCAUUGUUAAUGGGGUCAUAUUUCCCAUGUACGCGAUACUCUUAUCAAAUGUGAUAAAAGCAUUUUAUGAGCCACCGCACAAGCUUAGAAAGGAUUCUAACUUUUGGUCUUUAAUGUUCCUGGUGUUUGGUGGGAUUUCUUUAAUUGCCCUACCAGCUAGAUCCUACCUUUUUGGCAUUGCAGGAUCAAAGUUAAUUAGGAGGAUAAGGCUAAUGACAUUUCAGAAGGUGGUUAACAUGGAGGUAGAAUGGUUUGAUAUGCCAGGGAACUCAAGUGGAGCAAUCGGAGCAAGGCUAUCAGCAGAUGCAGCGACGGUCAGAAGUCUUGUUGGUGAUGCACUUGCAUUAAUUGUUCAGAACAUUACAACAUUGAUUGCUGGCUUGCUGAUUGCUUUUAUUGCCAAUUGGCAACUCGCUCUAAUAAUCCUGGCUUUGGUGCCUCUCUUGGGUCUGAAUGGAUAUGUACAGAUGAAGUUUGUGAAGGGGUUCAGCAAGGAUGCAAAGAUAAUGUAUGAGGAAGCAAGUCAAGUUGCAAAUGAUGCAGUUGGAAGCAUCAGAACAGUUGCUUCAUUCUCUGCUGAAGAGAAGGUGAUGGAAAUCUACAAGCAAAAAUGUGAAGGCCCCACAAAGAAAGGAAUUAGACAAGGGUUGAUCAGUGGUGCUGGAUUUGGUAUUUCCUUCUUCUUGUUAUUUUGUGUUUAUGCGGCAAGCUUUUAUGCUGGAGCACGGUUAGUUGAGAGCGGGAAGGCUACAUUUGACAAAGUAUUUCGGGUCUUCUUUGCUCUUGCAAUGGCAGCCAUUGGGAUUUCUCAGUCAAGUUCCUUCGCACCAGAUUCUUCAAAAGCCAGAUCAGCUUCGGCAUCAGUAUUUGCAAUUCUUGACCAGAAAUCUAAGAUAGAUCCAAGCGAUGAAUCUGGCAUGACCUUGGAAAGAUUGAAGGGAAACAUUGAGUUUCGACAUGUCAACUUCAAGUACCCUACGCGGCCAGAUAUCCAGAUUUUCCAAGACCUGUGCUUGACAAUCCAGUCUGGAAAGACAGUUGCACUUGUUGGAGAGAGUGGUAGCGGGAAAUCAACUGUCAUAUCGUUGUUGCAGAGAUUUUACAGUCCUGAUUCUGGUGAGAUAUUGGUGGAUGGGAUUGAAAUACAAAAGAUACAACUGAGGUGGUUGAGGCAGCAAAUGGGUUUGGUGAGCCAAGAACCAGCUCUGUUCAAUGAUACAAUUCGUGCCAACAUUGCUUACGGAAAGGAGGGAAAGGCUACUGAAGCUGAGAUCAUAGCUGCUGCAGAGUUAUCAAAUGCCCACAAGUUCAUUUCCAGUUUGCAGAAGGGCUAUGACACACUGGUUGGAGAACGGGGAGUGCAGCUAUCAGGUGGCCAAAAGCAGCGUGUCGCAAUUGCACGUGCCAUUGUGAAGGAGCCCAAGAUUUUGUUGCUGGAUGAGGCAACCAGUGCACUUGAUGCUGAGUCUGAAAGAGUGGUGCAGGAUGCACUAGAUCGUGUUAUGGUCAAUCGAACCACAGUCGUUGUAGCUCACAGGUUAUCUACUAUAAAGGGUGCGGAUUUGAUUGCCGUCGUCAAGAAUGGAGUGAUCAUAGAGAAAGGGAAGCACGAGAAGCUGAUAAAAAUCAAGGAUGGAGCUUACGCCUCCCUUGUAGCGCUUCACAUGAGCGCUGCAUCUUAAUAAUCUUUCCUUCCUGCUUCAGUUACAAUUUUUAAGGCUUCAACAAUUUUGUCGUCUCCCUCUCUCAUGUAUCUGUUACUUUAUAUACAUACAUAUAUAUAAAGAUGUAAGACAGUAACAUCUUAUUGAAGGAUUGGGUGAAUUCUUUGGUAAGAAGCAUAAACAUCUUGUAUCUUCUGAGAAAUAUUAGCCAGAACUUAUGGUACAGACAGCACAUGCUGCCGCAAA